UGGAGGCAGGCUGUGUAUGUGGACUCGUACUGCUGGGCAACUGUGCACACACACACUCUACCUCUGUGGCUGCACAAGUUCUUCCCGUACAUCCUGCUGCUGGUGGCGGUGCUCAUGUACGUCCCGGCCCUCUUCUGGAGGUUCACUGCGGCCCCCCUCCUGCAGUCAGACCUCAGCUUCAUCAUGGAGGAGCUGGAUCGCUGCUACAACCGCGCCGUCACUCUGGCCAAACGCCUGGCCACCGCAGGCCUGCUCGGCCCCGACAGCGACCCCACUGACGGAUGUUUUAACUACCCUCUGGUGGAGAAGUUUCUGAUGACUAAGCGCUUCUCGCGCUCCAUGCUGUUUUACUACCUGCUGUGCCGGGGGCUGACUCUGGUCACCCUGCUGUGUGCCUGUGUGUACCUGGGCUACUACCUGCGCCUGGCCUCCGUCACCGACGACUUUGGCUGCGAGUUGCGGGUGGGGCUGCUGGCCUCGGACCCGGGGGUCCCGGAGAAGGUGCAGUGUAAGCUGAUUGCUGUGGGGGUCUUCUCUCUGCUCAGCUUGGUGAACUUGGUCCUGUUCAUUGCACUGGUUCCCGCAGUGAUCUAUGCCAGUCUCCGCCCCCUCUUCUGCAAUGGACAUGCCCGCUUCCUGGAAACCUACCAAUCACUGCCCACCGUGAGCAUCCUGCCCGCCCCCAGCAGCUGCUGGGACGACCUCUCUCUGUAUCUGCUCUUCCUGGAGGAGAACAUCAGCGAACUCAAGUCCUACAAAUACAUCAAGGUGCUGGAGCUGCUGAGGAGAGAGUGCUCCGGAGAGGACUUCGAUGCCAUGGGGCUGCUGCAGACUCUCUGCCUGGUGAAGAUGGACACUGUGGAUGGGAACAAGCAGGGGGGCGCUGCAGGCAAACAGGAUGCAGUAAGGAACUCUGGCAGCAGCCCCUCAGCUGCCAACAGCUCCAGCUGUCCCAACUCCAACCCAGACCCCCACAGCAAGAGGGGGACCCAGAUGAGAGAGCUCACUCCUCUGCUGCCAGGAAACGACCUGACGGGGGGAGGCGGCCACCACGGGGGGGCUGUCCGCCAGCGAGCGCAGUGAUGCUGCACUGAAAUCAUCAGCAUCUCAUCUUCUACCUUCUUCAAACAAAUGUUUAUGUUAUCAAGGAAGAGUAGAGGCGUGUGAUCCUCCUGUGGGGACAGCUUUCAGGAAUCACUUAAUUUGUCAUUCAAACAAUUUUGGAGUUUCAGGAUAAAGCCCUACAGUACUAAGAUCCCACUGUUCUGACCCCCUAUGAAUUGUGGGAUAUUAUCUCGUCAGACUAAUGAACUAUUAACUACUAUUAGCUAUUGCUGCCAAUUUGAAAUGCCAUGAUGUCAUAUAUAUUAUUUUCAUGUUAAUUCAGAUAUUAGGUGCGUGUUUUUUUAUGAUCCUCUUAAAUAUUGCCUGUUGCUUCAAAUGUUAAUCACAUGUCUGAUAUAUUUCCUGAGUACUUUAAAUAAAGCAGGAUAGUGAGUGUGCAGUAGAGCCGGCUGCCUUAACCUGCAGGAUGUGUCUAACACCAUGCGUCAACUUUACAUUCAAACUCAGAGUAUGAAAUGGUCUAAAUUGCAGUUGUACAGUUCCCUUCAAAAAGAAGAGGUGAUAUUUAUUUGCACUGUCAUUGUGGGAUUAUGUACUUUUGAUGAGAUUGAUGAUCACAUUUCAAGACUCUGCCGCGGUACUACAGAGGAACGCAGUGAAGCAGCUUUAUUUCAGAGGAGAGUUCUCAAUGUUUUGUUUCUUUGAAUAGUUUAUUCAAAUAAGUUGUUUUACAUGUCACGCUACAGCUAACAGCAGUACAAACACAAGCUUUGUGACAUUUAUCCAUUUUUCAACAAGAAUGCUUCAAAUUGUUCAUUCCUAAUAAAUGUCAAUAAGUAUAAGGCAACAGCACAUCAAAGGUAAGAGCUCAAAGGAUAUUCAGCUUUAUGUUGAUCCAUGGGAAUUCAUUUAUUCUUUUUAGAUGUUUGGAUGUCUCCACCUGGAAUUGAACAUGUACAGCUUGUUGGGGAUCUCAGGGACACUCACAUGACAGUUUACUCUUCUACUUUGAGCCUCUUCCACUGCUUGUAUAUAUGAACUGCACUAAGUGGAAAGAUUUUUACAUAUCAUGAAAUUGCUGGGGUUAUAUCUCUUUUUUGUGUUUUUUGUAUCACUUUUCUGCAUUUCUUUUUUACAUGAUUGGGUCCAAUUUCUGUGCAUUUGGCCAUUUGAAUGUAAAGUCUUGGAAAGAUACUGAUGCUUGUUGUUCUAUGAGAAAACAGUGUUUCAUUCCUGAUGUGACUUUUUGCUGCUGGAAACUGCUAUAGGUCAUGUGAGAUGCCAUGAAUGUUCAUUAUGACACGUGUAGGACUGUGCAGCCUAAGAAAUAAAUAUGGUAGAUUUA